UUUUGAUUUUCUUAAUUCUCAAUGCCUGUAAUUUUCAUUUUGACUUGGUGCAAUGUUUCGGAAAUCGAAAGCCCUCAUACUUCACGCAACCUUUGCACAAACAUAUCUUUCCUUCCUCUCCCCAGUCAAUGCUUCAAUUAAAGCUUUUCCGUAAUUGGCACCCCAGGUUCUGUUCACUCGUUUGCUUCAGUCUGUGACCGUUUUCUCUUGGGGUAGAACUUCAAGUGAGAGACGCCAACGCAAUUCUGAAAUCCAGAGGAUGUAAUUGAGCACCUGAAACUGAAACUUUGCAUUUGGUGAUUGAUUGGAGUGUGAGGGAAGAAAGAAUUAGCCGAUUCUGUUGCAUUUUCCCUUCUAAUUUUGGAAAUUGGGUUUGAUCUUUGUUAGGACUAAAAUUGGCUGUGAUGGGAAAUCAACCGAGUAAGAUACCUAGUGGAAGUGAUGUUCCAACACCUAUUAAAAUGGGUACCCAUUCUCUGUAUGCGGCUGAUUUAAGCUCUUAUGAAGCUGCAUGUGUUGAAGAUCCAAACUUGCAAUCCCUAGAUGCUACCAUUCAGGAGCGCACCAAUAGGGUCAUCACUUCACUUGCUCAUGGGAUUGAGGUUCGUUCCAUAUCCAUUGAGUCAUUAGGGGAAGUGACUGGUAGUUUGCUUGAGAUGAAUCAGGAUGUUGCCAAAGUCAUUCUAGAGUGCAAGCAAGAUAUAUGGAAUAAGAAAGACAGGGAAUUGUUCUCCUUGGUGGAGGACUUCUUUGAAAAUAGCCUCCAGACUUUAGAGUUUUGCAAUGCUCUUGAUAAAUGUUUGAAUCGAGCACGUGAAAGACAUGUUAUAGUUAAGUCUGCAAUUACCUAUUUUGAGGAAGAGGUACAAAAAGGGGUAGAAGGGUCCACUUAUUUGAAGACAUUGCAAGAGCUUAAGGGUUUCAAGGAUGCCGGUGACCCCUUCACUGAAGAGUUUUAUUCCUUGUUUCAACCGGUUUAUCAACAGCAAGCAUCAAUGCUGAAGAAGUUGCAAAUUAGAAAGCAAAAGCUUGAUAAGAAAUUGAAGUCACUCAAGACAUUGAAGAGGGUGUCAAAUGCCAUCUUUGUGGCUGCUUUCGUGGCUGUUUUGAUCUUCUCAGUGGUGGCAGCUGCGAUUGCUGCACCACCUGUUGUAACUGCUUUGGCGGGUGCAUUGGCUGUUCCAAUAGGCUCAGUGGGGAAAUGGUGCAACUCACUUUUUAAGCGAUAUGAGACAGCUUUAAAGGGCCAAAGAGAACUGAUCAGUUCUAUGCAGGUUGGUAGUUUCAUUACAUUGGCGGACUUGAAAAAUAUUCGGGUGCGCAUCGACCAAUUGGAAAUAAAGAUUGAAUCCAUGUUGCAUAAUGCUGAUUUUGCUCUUAGAAAUGAGGAUGCUGUAAGGUUUGCAAUCGAGGAGAUUAAGAAGAAUAUAGACACUUUUGCAGAGACCAUUGAGGCUUUGAGUAAGCAAGCUGAUGAAUGUAGUAGGCAAAUAAGGAGAGCAAGGACAGUGGUUGUGAAAAAGAUUAUUAAUUAUACUGGUUGACAGCUCGCUGGCCUGUUUUAUAGGAGGUUACUUUCUCUACCUCACAUUUUUUCUUGUUUCUACUAUAAUGUACUGAUUAAACACCAGCUUAUCAAUGUGUUUGGUUGCACGUCAACCAAAAUUUCAGGUGCGUCAUAUUGAAGUAAAUUAUUCUAACUUUUCCAUUAUUAUUUUUUUGGACUGGACAUAAAAGUUGUUAAUAUAGUGUUACGAACUACGAAGUUUAAAGUCCAACAGUGCAUUAUAAAAGUGCAACCAGACACUCACAAUAGCAUGGAAGUGCUUUAUGAUUAUGAAGAAACAUAACCAUAUUUAACUUGUGUAUAACAUUUCAUCUUCUAUAUAUUGCCUAAUUGUUCAUACUUGCAAACAAUUUCCUGCAUAUGUUUUCUCUUUUACUCUUUUGCUAGAUGCAAUUGAACAUCAUUUGUGAGUGUGGACAACAAUGAUGGAUUCACGAGAAAUACAAUCAAAGCUGGAAUAUGUCUAGCAGGGUCGUGUGAAUAGUUACGCCUAACUUAAUUAAGUUGGAACUCUGAUUACUGAUAAUAUUUCUUUUCUUUAUUGUUUUUUUGCAUGUAAGAAACUUUUCUAUGCAUUCUUUGACAGGAUCCUGAUGUUUGAGGAUCCACGACGACAAUCGUUGCACCAUAUAUGAACCUGAUGACACUUAAUAAGUAUUAUUAGAUUUGAAGUUGAAAUAUA